GGACUUGUUGGUUGGAUGGGAACAUGGCCUAAGUUUGCAUCCCUGAGAUCUUGUGGUACAAAGUCGUCGGCAGGAUCCGAGUUAGUGAUGUGGACUACUCUGGACCGCGGAUGCUGGGGAGUCUCGUGCUUGUCCUUGCUGGCGAGUGUGGUCUGCGGGGCGCAAAGCGCUAACGAACCUAGCAACAUGUCCUACGUGAAAGCCACCGUGGACAAGCUGCUCAAGGGCUAUGACAUCCGUCUGCGGCCUGAUUUUGGAGGCGCCCCCGUGGAUGUAGGCAUGAGCAUAGAUAUCGCCAGCAUUGACAUGGUGUCUGAAGUCAACAUGGACUACACCAUCACCAUGUACUUCCAGCAGUCCUGGAGAGACAAGCGCCUCUCAUACACAGGCAUUCCUCUCAAUCUCACCCUGGACAACCGUGUGGCAGACUCGCUGUGGGUCCCUGACACUUACUUCAUUAAUGACAAGAAGUCCUUUGUACACGGGGUGACGGUGAAGAACCGGAUGAUCAGACUGCAUCCCGAUGGAACUGUGCUCUACGGUCUCAGGAUCACCACGACAGCGGCCUGCAUGAUGGACCUGCGCAGAUACCCACUGGAUGAGCAGAACUGCACCUUGGAGAUUGAGAGCUAUGGAUACACCACUGACGACAUUGAAUUCUACUGGCAGGGAGGAAGCAACGCAGGCUCAGUUACCGGGGUGGAGAACAUCGAGCUGCCCCAGUUCGACAUCAUAGACUACCAAACGCUCUCCAAGAAAGCCGUGUUUGCCACAGGCUCUUAUCCACGUCUGUCCCUGAGCUUCAAGUUGAAGAGGAACAUUGGCUAUUUCAUCCUGCAAACCUACAUGCCCUCCACCCUGAUCACCAUCCUGUCCUGGGUCUCCUUCUGGAUCAACUAUGAUGCCUCGGCUGCUAGAGUAGCCUUAGGUAUAACUACGGUGCUGACCAUGACCACCAUCAAUACCCACCUUAGGGAGACUCUACCCAAGAUCCCCUACGUCAAGGCCAUUGACAUUUACCUUAUGGGUUGCUUUGUCUUUGUCUUUCUGGCCUUGCUGGAGUACGCCUUUGUCAACUACAUCUUCUUCGGUCGAGGUCCUCACCUGCAGAAGAAGGUGGCAGAGAAGGCCGCCAAGUCCAACAACGAAAAUAAGAGCAGACUGGAGAGCAACAAAGUGCAGGUUGAUGCCCAUGGCAACAUCCUCCUGACCAACCUAACCAGCGAGAUGAGUGGAGCAGACAUGAUGGGCGUUCUCAACGACCCUCGGGCUACCAUGUUCUCUUACGACAGCGCCAGCAUACAGUACCGCAAGCCGAUGGCCAGCCGAGACCUGUACGGACGACCGGCCAUCGACCGGCCAAUGGGCCACAAGAAGGGUCGCUUGCGGAGGAGGGCCUCGCAGCUCAAAGUCAAGAUCCCGGACCUCACGGAUGUCAACGCCAUAGACAAGUGGUCCCGUGUCAUCUUCCCAAUUGCAUUCACCUUCUUCAACCUGGUCUACUGGCUUUACUAUGUCAACUAGGGUGGCAGCGGUGGCGAGCCUGGGCAGAAGCACCAAUGAUAAUGGUUUGAUAGAAAAUCUACCUAGAUCUUGUACAGCAAUGAAAAUGAAGAAGCGUUCAGUCCAUUUGUACAAAUCCUGUUUUGGAAUGAGUAGUACUGGAUGUCUUUACAAUGUACAUACAAUUUAAUAUAUAAUAUAUAAAUAUAUAUAUAUAUAUAUAUAUAACAGAGGUAUAAUUUAUUAAAAAUCCUAUCACUUUUGCUGUACUCAUCCAUACAAAAUAGAUAGAAACAAUAAUGGAAUUUAAGACACAGUAUAGGUAUGUUAUUUCUAAGUUCAAACUUGCCAAAAAGACUUUGGUGACUCUGAAGAUGCAGGCAAUGAUCUUUCCUUUCCUAUCUCUUUUUCUUACCUUCUGUUAUCUCACUUUUUGCAUGUGAAUGGAACACAACCUAUUGUUUGCUUAAUGUAAAAAAAAAAACAAGAGAAAAGGAAUCCCAGUGCAAAACGUGUACAGGAGGUACAUAAAACCUUUAACAUGAUCUUGUGACUGAAGCUAGUCCAACUAAUUAACAGAAGAUGUUUGGUUGAAUUCUACGGAGCCACUAAAGGGACAUGGGGAAGUUUAAUUUUUUCCUUGCUUCUCUUGAGCACAAGAUACUUUCUGGUGCGCACUCAUAGUUUUCCCAUCAGCAUGCAAAAGUAACUCAUGCUCAUGAGAAACCAGUCUUAGGCCAGCAAAAUGAUGCUAACAAAGCUCUGCUAACAUCAUUUGGCUAUUACUUCACAAUAUCACAGUCACAGUAUGAAAUCGGUAAACAGCAACCUUAUUAUCUUUACGUUUGUUAAUGACACUAUGAGAUACAUUUAGUUGCAUUUUCAGGAAGAUGAACACCUCCUCCUCGGCAGUAGGAUAGGGCAUCGAGAACUGAUUCCAACUUGGAAUCACCAAAUCACCGGGUCCAAAUUUAAUAUCAAGUUCUGGUUUCUGUAGCGGCGACUGUACUUCAUGGCGCUUGUUGUGUUGCAGUCAUGAAGCACUGUAAGCGGCAUUGAAAAAGCCUGAUUAAACUGUAAAUCACCACUGAAUUUUUGAGAUAAGCAUGGGACCCGUUUCAACUCCACCCCUCAAAGAAUCAGACUCAACAAUCGAUAAGAACCGGAAUCAAAAGAAAGAAUCUCAAUUGGAGUCAGAAUUUUUCAAAUCAAAUCAAUGCCCAACCCUACUCGGCAGCCAUUCUGACUGGUAUUCAGGUUUAUUGUGAGCAUGCGAAUGUAUCUCAUGUUCACAAGAAACCAAUCUAAAGACCAGUUAGAAUCGUAGUAGUAGUAGUAGUAGUAGUAGUAGUAGUAGUAGUAGGACAGAAAACUAUCUCAUGCUUCUGAGAGUUUCUUGAGCACACCAGAAAACAAAACUUCCCCAUGCAUGUCUAUGUAGGGGCUCCGUUGCAGUCCAUCUUGACAAGUUAGUUCUUAUAGUGCGUUCCAUUUGUACUCAGAGGUCAGUUUUUCCGAGGUCAAAGUCGGAAACGCACCCCCUGACCUCGAAUUUCCAAGCUUGGAACUCAGACAACCUCCGAGUACCCCAUGCUUAAAGUCCAACAUGGAUGCCUCGUGCAUCAACAGUUGUGAAAGCUUUAGUUACAUACAGUUAAUAGCACUUCGGUUAUAUGUGUGUCUCACUAAAUCAGUCAUACACACCGUCCUGUACAACUUCUAUCUGUGGACAUGUUACAUACAUUUGUAUGCACAAAAAGCAGUGUAAUUGUAAGUUAUUAACUGGUAUUGCUAACAUGGCUAACAUGGCUAGAGCUAACCCCACAAUGAGAAACCUGACUAGUAAAUGGAACGCAUUUGACUUGGGUGUGACGUCAUUCCCAGCUCCAGCUUCCCAGUUCCGAGGUAAAUGGAACGCACCAUUAUCUGGUUUGAGUAUAAGUUCAGGGCUUUGACUGAGCUUGUUUUUAUGGAGUUAUGUUGAAAUCCUUCUCUGACAGCCAUCUGUGAGCUAACAAACAUGUCCGAUUGCUGUUCAAGAAUGACCUGUUUUUUGAAAAGUUUCUUUUACAUUUCUGUAACCAAAAACAAAAAAGCUUUGCAUGGUUCUACUGAGCCACUCUGUAUUAUAAUCAUUAUACUGUAUGCUUUUGAACAAUCAUUGCAUUUAAGGUACGGUAAGUACAGGACACAUGUUAAUUGGAACUUCACUAAUUUCAUAAAAAAAAAAUGUAGUCAAAUUUGUACCUACUAUAUUCUCACAGCGUCUGUGAGCAUGUUCAGUGGAAUUUUCUUUAAAAGAAAUCAGGUAAAGAAUGACCAAUGAUGUCACCAUGCUUUCAAAAUCACAUUCAAAGACUUCAAGCUCUGAUAAAACUCGCUGCUGGCGUUGAAACA